GUUGAAAGAUCCUACGAAUUUUGCUCUUCAGUUGUGUAUUUAAUAAAGAGCAGUAUAAGUCAUAAGUUCCAAUCGAUAAUAUAAAUAGUUUCUUUUUGGUCAAUUUAUAUCAUAAGAUAUAGAAAAAGAGUUAUCAACUUUGGACAUUUUUAAGUAAUUUAUAUUUCAACUAUUGGUUGUUGAGUUAUAUUUGCUUCGUUCACGAUAACAUAUGUACAAACUGAAGUUUGCUACACACUACAUACACAACCACUAAUAGAGUGUUAGCAACGUGAGUUCCUUUCAUGUGUCUUUAACCAAGCCACGUCAAAAUAUUUCUUUAAUAAAAUGGAGGAAAUCGAGUCUAUGACAAGAUAUGUCUCUCCCAUAAAUCCUGCAGUUUUCCCUGUUUUAGCAGUGGUUUUAUUAGGAAUUGGAAUAUUUUUUACAGCAUGGUUCUUCGUGUAUGAAGUUACCAGUACAAAAUUUACGAGGGAUAUGUUCAAAGAGUUGUUAAUAUCGUUAGUGGCAGCAUUAUUUUCUGGAUUUGGUGUAUUGUUUUUACUUCUUUGGGUCGGCAUAUAUGUAUAGAUUGAUCUUGUGAGUUUGAAAAUUAAUUUUUAAGACAAAUAUGUAAUAGCAUUUAAAUAAAUUACUUAACAAUUCGUCAUCGUAAGAAUAAAAACAAUGUAUUUUUACUAAAAUGUGCAAUGCAGUGAUUAAUUUAUACAUUUAUCACACAGUACAUAAGCAUUUGUAUGUCUUAAUAUCUAAAAUUGCUAUUCGAGGUACAUAAUUCUAUUAUAAUAUAAAAACAAAUCAAUUUAAAAGUAUAGAUUUUUUACAGUUGUUCUGAGUAUAUUGUAUUUAGAAAUAUAAUUUCGUUAAACAA